AUGUCAAAUACUGCUGAAGUAAUUAACCCUGUAGAGCUUGGUAAUGCUGUAAAAAUAGCUGUUGGUGCUAUUACUGCUGGACUUUUCACCUAUUACUUUUAUACCAAGUACACAAAAAAGAGUGCUGGAGCUUAGAUUUGCCCAAUGAAGAAGUCUUUAAAUGCUAGACUUGGAGGUGAUGAAGUAGUUGCUAAAGCUACUAAAAGUUUUUAUGCUAAGGUCUUGAAGGAUGAGACUUUGAAGCCUUUCUUCAAAAAUGUUGAUAUGGCCAAACAAACAAAGAAAUAGACUGACUUCAAUAUCUUUGCUUUUGGUGGCUCUGAAAAGUGGUAUGGCAGAAAAUUAACUGAAGUUCAUAAGUACAUGGGAGUAUCUAAUGCUAAUUUCGAUAAAGUAGGUGAGUAUUUUUCUGAAAGUUUAAGAGAAUUAGGUGUUUCUGAAGAUCUUAUAAGAGAAGUUGAAUAAUGCAAUGAAAAAUAUCGUUCUGUAGUAGUUACAAUAUAAUGA